AUGCCAACCACUUCGGAAGACCCUCCACCAGUUUUACAUCAACCAGGUGAUUUAAAUAAGCGUCCCAAAGGCAUCCUCAAAAAUCCUUCUUUCUCCUGCUCCAACGAAACUCCAGCCUCGCCUAUCAGAGACGUCUCUGUCGAUCUAUCUACUAUCCCAACUGUGACAGAGGCGACCGAGGAUCAGAAAGAGCUUACUCUGCAGAACACCCUCCAAAAUGCCGGUCAUCGACGCUCCAGUUCAGCAGCCCGCCGCGCUUCUGCCACAAGAAGGCACUCACAUCCCAACAGUCUCCCAGGAACAAGCGAAGAGGGCGAGAGCAUGCGCCUCAAAUGGGAUGAGGCAAAUCUCUACCUGGCUGAGCAGCAGAAGACCUCAACCAUGAAGAUUACAGAGCCGAAGACCCCGUACGAAUAUGCAAGGGAUUUACCGGAUGAAGACGAGGAAGAAGACGUUGCGAUCGACCCUAGAUAUGUGGACGUUGAUGAGCUUGACAAGCAGAAGAAAUCUAAGGAGGGGGGUCGCGAAAGCGAUAUUCCUGGUCUUGAGCUCGGCGACCCGGAGGAGCUUGGUAACACUCAAGCCGAGGACGAGAAUUCUCGCAUCGUCCGAGGUGGAAGUCAAUCGAGGGAAGGGAGCACCGGCAGUCGCGAAAAGCAUGUCGAGGUCGCUGCUGAGGAGGAGACAGCAGUGGGUAUGCCGACUAGAGAGGAGUUGGAGAAGCACAAGAAAUUUGAAGAGCACAGGAAGAAGCACUACGAGAUGAGAGAUAUCAAAGGCCUUCUUGGACACCCUGUAGACGUGGACGCCAUGGACGAAGAUGAGGAUGAAAAGCCGCGUCAGAUGCCGGAUCUUCCAUCUCGUGGUAUCAAUGGUGUCCGAUGA